AUGAAAUUCUUAAGAUGUACAAGAAGAUUUCAAUUUAAUAUUAACAUAUUUAAAAACAAACAGUUGGUGGUAUUAUUACAUCCUGACAAGAAUAAAGCACCCGGUUCUCAACAAGCAUUCAACGAGAUUACAAAUGCUAAAAAUAUAUUGUUGGAUAAAGAUAAGCGAUUUCAAUAUGAAAAGUCAUUAUCAAGUAAAAAUAUACAAGAUGAUGAUAGAGUUAAUUUGUUAUGUCCAAAUGUAAUUUGUCAAAUGACAAAUGUUAGAACAAAAUACUCAACAACAAGCUCAACAACAAGUUCAACAAAGAGAAAUAGAGAUACAACAACAACAACAAAUACAACAAAUACUACAACAGAAGGAAAGAGAAUUACAAGAGCAAUUGCAAAGACAAAGAGAGAGAGAACUUCAAGAACAGCAACAGCAAAGAGAAAUAGAGUUACAGAAACAAAGAGAAGCAGUGUUACAACUAAGGAGGGAAAGAGAGUUACAAGAGCAAAGACUGAGAGAGGCGCAAGAACUGCAACAACUGAGAGAAAGAGAAAGAGAGUUACAACUACAAAGAGAGAAAGAGUUGAAAGAACAGCAGAGAGUGUUAGAGUUGCAACAACAACAACAACAACUGAGAGAGUUAGAGAUAAUGAAACAAAGGGAAUUGGAGGUACAAGAACAAAGAGAAAGGGAGUUACUCGCGCACCGAGAGUUUAUGUUGCAAAGAGAGAAAGACGUACAACUGCAGAAGGAGAAGGAGAUGCAAGCACUCAGAGAGAAGAACAGAGAGAAACGACUACUUCAACAGAAACAAUGGAUAGAGAUACAAAAGGAGAAAGAGUUGAAGAAGAAGCAGGAUUUGGAUCAGUAUCAACAACAAAUGGAAAGAGACUUGCAAGCACAGAAAGAUAUAGAAGCAGCACAACAACAACGACAACAACAAUCACAGUUAACAUCAACAAUGAUGAUCUGAUACAAAGCGAUGAUGAUAAUAAUAAUAUACAUUCGUCAGCGACACAACACAACACCGCCAACAUCAAUAACAUUAAAAACACAGAGAAGUCAUCACCUCCUAUUAUUAUUGAUGCAGAUAGUUUAGAUUUGGGUGAUAUCUUUACACCAAACAAAGUUACCACCAAACUACAAUCUCAACAAUCAUCUACUCAAAAUAAUAAUAGCAAUAACAAUAACAACAAUAACAAUAGUAAUAGUAAUAAUAAUACCAAAAUACCAUCACCUACACCCAGAAUCUUAAAGCCAUUAUCUAUCAACAGAUCACAACCAUCAAGCACUAGUCCAAAUAACAACAAUAAUAACAUUAAUAGAAAUAAUAACAAUAACAAUGAACUUAACUUUGUAUAUAAACAACCAAAAGUUAAAGAUUUAUUUAGAUCUACGAUACCAUCUACAACACCAACAGCAACAACAACAACUAUACAUGACACACCCAACAACAAUUACAAUUAUAGUAAUAAUAAUAAUGGUGAUAUUAGUGAAGAAGAACCAGAGUUAUGGCCACCAAAGCCAGUGUUUUGUCACAUAAAUCAAGAUGAAGACAACACCAGUGAUUUGAGUAAGAAGAAGCAAAAGAAAUCAGAUCAGAGUCCAAAAUCUGCAGAUAUCGCUAGUUUCCUUAGCAAAGUUAAAGAUGUCGAUGAUAUUUUUGGUGAAAAUCAAAUUUGGUCACAAACAUCAAUUGUUUCUCCAAUCAAAGUUAGAAAUACAACAUCAACAAAUAAUAAUAGUAAAAGCAAUAGUAAUAAUAAUAAUAAUAAUAGUAAUAGUACAAAAUCAACACAGAGUAGCAGUUACAGUGGUAGUGGUAGUGGAUACGAAGAAAGCUCAGGUUCCAAUCGAUAUAUGGACGAUGACCUUAAUUAUACAAACGAAUAUGGCGAUGAAGAGUUCAAUCUUAUGAGUGAGUUCCAACACCAAUUCGAAUAUGCCAAGUUCAAUGAGUCUGUUAGUGAAGAUAUGAUGAAUAUUAGUGCUGAACCGACAACAACAACUACUACUACUACUACUUCAACAUCAGUAGAUUCAACCAGUGAUCGCUUCUUGAAUGAUUUAGAUAUUGGUAAACAAUCAAAAGAAGAUGACGAGUUUGAAUUAAAGAGAAAGAACGUAGAUCUAGACCGUAAUACCAAUGUACAGAAGUUCAAGAAACAAAAGGUAGAUAAUGUCAAAGAUAAGGACAAAAAUAGAGAAAGAGAAAGAGAGGAGAAGGAAAAGGAGAAGGAGAAGGAGAAGGAAAAGGAAAAGAGAGAUAAAGAGAAAGAUAAAAGAAGAGAUAACGAGAAAGAUAGUAGAAAGAAGGAGAAGGAAAAGAAAGAAGAAAAGGAAAGGAAAGAUAAAGAGAGAAGAAGUAAGGAGAAAGAGAAAGAGAGGGAAAAAGAGAAGGAGAAGGAAAAGGGAAAGGAUAAGAAAUCAAAGAAAGAUAAGUUGAAGUUUAAACAUUCAGAUGAUGACAAUGAUUAUGAUGAUGCUGAAGAUGAUCAAGACGAUUUCAAUCAUGAAAAGUCAGCACCAAGUAAGAAGAGACAGAAGAUCGAUGAUUCUGAUGAUUUUAAUCAAACACCAACUUUGGAUAAAGUUAAAGAUAAAAAGAAGAAGAAAAAGUCAUUAGACGAAUCAUUUACAGCUACAUCUACAUCGACAUCAUCAUCUACUUCUUCUAGAAAGAGAGCUGUCUUGAGUGAUGACGAAUCCACAGUCAAACAAUCAACCGACAAAAAGAAGAAGUUAGAUCACCAACCACAACAACCAACAACCAGUGCUACACCAACCAAGAAACGACAAUCAACUAACAACAGCGCAGUAGAUACAAAUACAACAACAACAUCUACACCAAAUAAGAAAAAGAAAGAGGAUAAAGAAAAAGAUAAAGAUAGAGAAAAAGAAAAGGAAAAGGAAAAGGAAAAAGAAAAAGAAAAAGAGAUGGAAUUGAAAAGAAAGCAUCAAAUGGAAUCAUUCAAUCAAGAAGAUGAAGCGGAUUCAGAUGACCAAGAUUUCAUUCCAAAGAAGAGAUCGAAACAUUCACCAUCAAAGAACAACUCAACACACGACAAUAAGAUUCCAGGUGUCACAACAACAAAGAGAUCUUCAACCUCCAAAAAGAUUUCUACCAGCACAAGUUUAAACCAACCAAAGAUAUAUGAUUACUUUAAAGUUCAAAACAAAGUAAAAUAA